AUGAUGCAGUUUGUCCUGAGUUUGGCGCUGGUCGCAUCAUCUGAAGCUUUCUUCUUGAAAUGGGGCUCGGAUUCUUCAAGCCAGUCAUCCGCUCAAAAGACGUGGGUGCAGCCGUUACCGCCAAACAUGUCGCCAGGCUACCGGUACCAGUACACAUACACGCCGUACGAGCCACGCAAGGUCUACCAGAUCCAGCCCCCACAAUACUCAUCUCAUCAACCUGAGGUGAUGCAGCAGAACCUGGCGCCAAUCCCUAUCAGCGUGCCAGCCGGGGCCAGCCUGACCCCCGUGUCUCUUCAACACGUCCAGCUGGUGCCCUGCAUGUGUCCUGUCGCUCCUGAGGAGGCUGAGAAACUCCAGGAGCAAGUGGGCCCUGGUCCCUACAUGCCCCAGACCUACAGCCAGCCAGCCUACGCUGUCCAACAACAAGCCCCCUCAGACAAUGGUCAAAAUCCCAACAAACAGUAG